AUGUCGCCAGCCUUGGGCAUAGGAACCACAGACAUCAUCACAUUCGUGCUCGCAGUCUACUCCGGUGGAUGGGAAUUUCGCGCCAUGCUUGAUACCAGGUUCACUGGUGGGUGGUGUCGUGCGCACCGGGAUCACCUUAGUACUGAUCAAUUCUGCCGAGAACGCGCUUCCCGUCCUUCCGAAUGUGCCUCCGAGAGACAACGACAUUGUCCGGCUCGUCUCGAAACCGGUACCUUCUUGCAACCACUUCGUACCGAAGCACAUCACCCGAAAGGUGUGGUCUUGGUUCACCUCCCUCACCGAGAAGAUGUUCGGAGAAAGCGCUCGAUCCACGUCAUGCGCCAGAGAGUGCAACUAGGUUCGAAUGGGUGGUCUACCAUGGCUCUACGAAGAUCUGGAAGCCUCCAAACGCCUUUCCUCACCUCUGCUGUACCUGACAGGCCGACUUCACCUCUGGAUUUUGCAUUCGAGGAAUGGGCUACGAAAUCAUGUAGACAGAUAUUCGGAGUCCGCGAACACGUCACAUCAGCAUAUGGAUCUCCACAGCACGCGCCAGCAAGGGUCCGUGAAGAGAUGCAUCAACAUAACAAGUACAUUAAGAUGGAUGCACUCAUAGAGUGUGGGCUAGAAUCACUGCGCUAUAUGACACCCGGUAGUAUAUAUCCGCCUGAUUCUUCAGGAAAGAGCUCCGACUCCACACAUCCCCCAGCAUCCAUAGCAUGCAGCAGCAGUGUGGUUCCACGACUCCCACGUUGCGCUGCAGUGCACGGCAUCCAAUUGCAAGCGGAGCGCACCAGAAAUCCAUUUACGCCUCAUGAUUCGAUCCGCAAGCCCUCAACGAUAUUAUGCGGUCAGUGGCCCGGCCGUACGACGCGGAAUCGAGCAGGUGACAGGUCGAGUGUCACUCCACCUGCGCGUGUCAUCGGGACUUGCGCUCCUGCUUAA